AUGUCUGAAUCACCCGAAGCACCGGCAUCUGCUCCACAGGAGCAUGUGAGUGGCUCACCCAGCCAUGCUUCCUCAAACAUCGAGACAGAAGCCAACAAUGACAUUGACACCGAGAACGACCAGGCGAAAAAGAAUGAACGACACCAAACAACCGAAGAAUCAGAGACCGGCGCGUCCAAUUCGCGAAUUGGAGAGUCUGAACAUGCCGAACUGACAUCCGCGCCAGCACUCCCCGAUGAAGUCCCACCACCACUUCCUGCCGAGGCUCCACCCGCAGUCGAGGACGAUGGAUGGGAACCUGCAUGGGAUGUCACCUCUCAGGCAUAUUACUUUUACAAUCGCUUCACUGGAGUCUCCCAGUGGGAAAACCCUCGUGUACCACAGGCCACAGUGGUCCCAGCAGCACCAGGCACAGAAAAGAGCAACCAAUUUGUAGCUCCUAAGAAGGAACCAAUUAUUGGUGGCUACAAUCCUGCCAUCCACGGCGAUUAUGAUCCCACCGCCCCAUAUGCGCAAUACCACGAACAGCCAGCACAGCCCACGAGCGCAGCAGCUUUCGACCCCAACGCAGCAUAUGCAGCUACCGGCACAUUCAAUCGCUUCACUGGACGAUGGCAAGCCGAAUCAAUCAAUCCGGAAAACCAUAAUGAUGAGAACAAGUCUCGACGACAGAUGAACGCUUUCUUCGACGUCGACGCUGCCGCAAACAGUCAUGACGGUCGCAGCUUGCGCGCGGAACGCAGCGCCAAAAAGUUGACACCGCAAGAGCUGAAGCAGUACAAAGAGAAGCGUCGUGCAAAGAAGGAAGAAAAGAGGCGAGCUUGGCUCAGAGAUUAG